AUGCCACGCAAAAGAAUAAUCGUCUGCUGCGACGGCACCUGGAAGAAUAGUGAUGGCUCGGGCCAAGUGCCGACCAACGUGGCAAAACUCGCCCGUUGCAUUCAGCCCGAGGCUGAAGUAACACAAGGAGGCGAGAAGAUUCAAGUCAAACAAGUCGUGUACUAUCAACAUGGCGUCGGAUCAGUCGCAGGGUGGCUAUUCGGAGGAAUUGAGAAUGCCAUCGAAGGCGCUACCGGCGGAGGCGUUCGCGAAAACAUCAUGCAAGCAUAUCAAUUCAUUUGUCUGAAUUAUCAGCAUGGAGAUGAGAUCUUCUUUUUUGGCUUCUCUCGCGAUGGGCUUGCUCACCAACAAAGGCCUCAGCUUGGUCCCGUGUUCGAGCAAUGGGAGAAGCAAAACGAGCGACAGAAGUCCCAAGGUCCACUGGGGGACGAUCAAGAAGUCAAGGACUAUUUCAGAGACUUGCUGCACAAUGAGUGGACGAGGCCGAAGAUUCCAAUUAAAGUCUGUGCAGUGUGGGAGACGGUGGGAUCUCUGGGUCUUCCGAGACCUUUUUUCCUUCCACAACCGGUGGGGAGAAAAUUGGCUUUCGUCGACACCAAGGUCCUGCCCAACGUCGAAUAUGCAUAUCAAGCCCUCGCCUUGGACGAGCGUCGGAGACAGUUCAAACCUACACUUUGGGAGAAGUCAGGUGGACAAGUACUGCCUCGCGUGCUGAAGCAGUGCUGGUUUCCAGGCGUCCACUCCGAUGUUGGCGGUGGUCAGAAGGAUGACGCCGCCUCUCGAGUCCCGCUGGGCUGGAUGCUGAGCCAGGUGGCCGGACUUCUCGAAUUCAAUCCGCUUGCCGUUGGUCAAUUUAUGCGAGGCACCGGGCCAUCCCCAAGCUUCAUCGGACGUCUCCACAACUCGAUGAAGGGCCUGUUUGUGCUCGGUGGCGUCUACUGUCGAGUGCCCGGGACAUUCACGUCUACCAACCCACUCACCAGGGAGCCAACGGAUCAUCGGCUGAAAAACGCGUUUGAGACGAUUCACUGGACUGCUCGGGAACGGAUGACGAAGAACAUAGACGACUAUGACAAGGCAGGCCUGGUCGACUUCGCCAUGAAAGCCGUUGUCACUGAGCCUAGCAGUCCUGUGGUACAUGAUGCCGAAGACACUUCACAUCUUCCACUGCCCCAAGGUCCUGGAAGGCAAACUGCCGUGCAGUGGGUGAGUGAGAAGCAUCAUGUGUCGUUGAUGGAAGACGAAAUGAAACCCUUUGAGCAGAAGAUUCUGCAACUGUGGAAUAUGCAAGAUCUGUACGCUAUGACUGUCGACCCAGACGAAAGAGCACAGGCUACUGGUGGAGAACAGUCAUCUGAGCCGCCUGCCGAACGGAUGCGGAAGCCCAUUCAAGACCAGAAGCGCAGUACAGUCGAUGUGCUAGCCAGUAACUCCACAACUCUGCCUAGAGGGCCUUCUCCGAGACGAGAAACUGCCUGA